AUCUCUUGCCCAUGAGUGCAACUUGCUUGAUUUAUCAUGUGUUUUGAAUCAUGUGGUGUAGGCAUCUCAUGUUCACAACUCUAAUUCUGGUGUCAGAUGUGUGUGGAUUCAUUCACUCUUGCAACUUGAGAGCAAGAGAGACUGAACAAUCCUUUAAUUGUGGUUGUACUUGAUUGAACUUUGGAGGAUUGAGUUCCUUCAACAUCAGAAGACAACACGGUGUUGGUGUUAGCUUACUUGGCUGGAGCGAUGGCGACUCUGUCCCAUGCUGAUUCUAAAAGAAAGUAUUCAUGGUGGUGGGACAGUCACAUCAGCCCCAAGAACUCCAAAUGGCUCCAAGAGAAUCUCACAGAUAUGGAUUCCAAGGUGAAGCUAAUGAUCAAGCUUAUUGAAGAAGAUGCAGAUUCCUUUGCCAGAAGGGCAGAAAUGUAUUAUAAGAAACGCCCAGAGCUUAUGAAAUUAGUUGAAGAGUUUUACCGUGCAUACCGGGCAUUGGCUGAGAGAUAUGAUCAUGCAACUGGAGUGAUACGACAGGCUCAUCGUACCAUGGCUGAAGCAUUUCCUAAUCAAGUUCCCCCGGCACCAGCAGAUGAUUUACCUGGAGUUUCUUCCAUAGAGGUUGAGCCACAUACACCAGAGACACUCCGCUUUUCACAUGCAUUUCUUGACUCAGAUGAAUCGCAAAAGGAUGCUUCAACACCUUUCCAUGCCAUCAAACUAGCUGAUUCUGCUUUAAGCAAAAAGGGUUUGAAACAGCUGAAUGAUCUUUUCAUGUCAGGAGAACCUGAAAGUCAUGCAAAGUCUGCAGAAGGGCGUGUUAGAAGGGGGCUCAAUUUUCUUGACACAGAGGAGAUUAAUGGGAAAGACAAUGGAAGCCAAGAUACAAGGGCUCAAGUCUUAUCUGAGUCUGAAAGGAUGACAAAAGCCGAGAUAGAAAUUUUGGCCUUGAAGACAGCUCUUGCUAAGUUAGAAAGUGAGAAGGAGGCUGGCUUGCUUCAGUAUCAGCAGAGUUUGGAGAGAUUGUCUAAUCUGGAAUCAGAAAUGUCUUGUGCAAGAGAGAAUUCUCAAGGACUUAAUGAACGAGCAAACAAAGCUGAAGCUGAAGUUCAAACCUUGAAGGAAGCUCUUAUUGAAUUACAGGCUGAAAGACAAGCUAGUCUUCUUCAGUACCAGCAAUGCUUGGAGAAAAUACGCACUCUGGAGACUAGUAUUUCUUCUGCUCAAAAGGAUGUAGGAGAACUUAAUGAACGAGCUGCUAGAGCUGAAAAUGAAGCUGAAUCCUUAAAGCAAGACCUUGCUAGAGUUGAAGCUCAAAAGGAAACUGCCCUUGUUCAAUAUAACCAGUCCUUGGCGAUGUUAUCAAAACUAGAGGAGAGAUUAGUACAAGCUGAAGAGAACGCAAGGAGAAUUAAUGAGCAAUCUAAUGCAGCAAAACAUGAGAUCGAGGGCAUGAAGUUAGAAAUUGCUAAACUCACUGAAGAGAAGGAAGAUGCAGCUCUUCGUUAUCAACAAUGCUUGCAGAUUAUUUCCACUUUGGAGCAUAAACUGUCUUGUGCCGAAGAGCAGAUGCAAAAGCUAAAUUGCAAGAUAAAUGAUGGGGUUGAAAAGUUACGUAGUUCUGAACAGAAGUGCAUUCUCUUGGAAACAUCAAAUCAGACUCUGCAAUCUGAAUUGCAUUCUUUGGCACAGAAGUUGGGGUCUCAAAAUGAAGAACUCGGUGAGAAGCAGAAGGAGUUGGGUAGACUUUGGACUUGCGUACAAGAGGAGCGAUUACGAUUCAUUGAGGCUGAAACUGCUUUCCAAACUCUUCAGAAUUUGCAUUCUCAAUCUCAGGAAGAGCUAAGAUCUCUUGCCACCGAGCUUCAUGGUAAGACUGAAAUUCUGGAGAAUAUGGAAUCCCAUAAGCGAACUUUAGAGGAUGAAGUACACAAGGCCAAGGCGGAAAACAAAACUCUAAACGAGGUCAAAUUAUCGUCAUCUUUGUCUAUAAAAAAUUUGCAAGAUGAGAUAUUAAAUCUGAGGGAGAUAAUAAAGAAACUUGAGCUGGAGGUUGGACUUCAGGUCGAUGAAAGAAAUGCUCUUCAGCAAGAAAUUUACUGUCUUAAAGAUGAGCUGAAUGAUGUGAAUAAAAGACAUGAAGCCAUGAUGGAGGAUGUCAGAUCAACUGACCUAGAUCCACAGUGCUUUGGCUCAUCUGUGAAGAAAUUGCAAGAUGAGAACUCAAAGCUGAAGGAAAGCUGUGAAACCUACAAGGAUGAGAAAUCAACUCUAAAGGGAAAACUGGAAAUCAUGGAGCAGCUUUUGGAGAAGAAUGCUGUUUUGGAGAGAUCCAUUUCAGGUUUGACUGUUGAGCUGGAGAGUGUUCGAGGAAAGGUAAUGGUAUUGGAAGAAUCGUGUGAAUCUUUGCUUGGGGAAAAAUCCACUCUUGCUGCUGAGAACGCCACCUUGUUUUCUCAGUUACAAACCACAGCUGAAAAGCUGGAGAAGCUCUCAGGAAAAAACAACCUUUUAGAAAAUUCACUUCUUGAUGUGAAUGCUGAGAUUGAAGGAUUGAGGAUAAAGUCAAAGAUUUUAGAAGACUCUUGUAUGUUGCUUGACCAUGAGAAGUCCAGUCUCACCUCUGAGAAAGAAACCUUAAGUUCACAAUUGAACAUCACUCAUCAAACACUGAAAGAUCUUGGGAAACAACACGGUGAAUUGGAACUGAAGCAUUUGGAACUGCAAGCAGAAAGGGAGUCUGCACUUCAAAAGUUGGAAGAGCUGCUUGUUUCCUUAUAUGCUGAGAGGGAAGAGCAUUCCAGAAUUGCGCAAAUGAAUGAAUGUCACUUGGCUGAGAAGGAAUUACAAAUUUUUGUUCUCCAAGAAGAUGCAAAUUACCUGACAAAGGAAUAUGAAGAAGAAUUGGACAGAGCUGCACAUGCUCAAAUGGAAAUUUUCAUCUUGCAGAAAUGUAUCCAGGAUUUGGAGCAAAGGAACUUCUCCCUGUUAGUUGAGUGUCAGAGACUCUCGGAGGCUUCCAAACUUUCUAGUAUAUUGAUAUCUAAAUUGGAGAAUGACAAUGUUCAAAAGCAAGUUGACGUGAAUUUGUUGUCUGAGAAAAUUAAAAUACUAAGGAUUGGGCUGCUUCAAGUGUUAAAGACUCUUGACGUUAACAGUGAGCCUUGGUGUGAAGAUAUGAUUGAAGAAGACCAGGAGCUUCUGAACCAUAUACAUGGCAAACUUCAAGAGACACAAAAUUAUUUUGUCACAAUGUUCAAUGAAAGCCAGCAAGUUGCCAUUGAGAAUUCAGUUCUUGUUACAUUCCUUGGCCAGUUGAAGUUAAAGGCUGAAAAUCUUUUGACAGAAAGAGAUUCCCUUGAUAAGGAGUUGAGAACCCAGUCUAAGCAGUUCUUGGCAUUGCAAGAAGAGGUACAAAAGAUAUUGGAGAAGAAUCAAGAAUUAAAGUUGACAAUAAGCAAAGGAGAAGAGAAAAUGGAAGUAAUGACAACUGAAAUAGAGAGUUUAUGCAAACAGCUGUUAGACUUGAAAGAAGAUAACCAAAACAUAAAGGAAGAAAGUUGCAAAAUCUUUGAAGAGAAAAAUUCCUUGAUGAGAAGAUUUAUGGACCUGAGUGAAGAGAAAAGCAAGUUGGAAGAAGAAAUCUGUGUUAUGAUUCACGAGACAAUAGCACAAUCUAAUAUUUCUCUGAUCUACGAGAACAUUGUCUUUGAAAAACUCCUGGCACUUAAAGAACUAAGCAAAUAUCUUGAUAGACUUUGUUCAGUAAAUAACGACCUUGAGGAGAAAUUAAAAAUAAUGAUGGGCAAAUUAGAAGAUGUUCAGAUGGAAAAUUCAGAUCUUAAAGAGUCCUUUGUAGCGUCAAGCAUUGAACUAAAAUUAGUUCAAUCUGUUAAUGAUCAAUUAAACUGUCAGAUUAGGAAUGGAAAGGAAUUGUUGUCUCAAAAGGAAAAUGAGAUUUUGGAAGCAGCAGCAAUGUUUAGCACUUUACAUGAUGAGAAAACAGAAUUGCAAAGAUUGUUGGAAGAUCUGAAGAGCAAGUAUGAUGAAGCCAGGGUGAUACUUGAGGACCAAGCGAGUCAAAUUUUAAAAUUAUCCUCAGACAAGGAUCGUCAAAAUGACGAGCUUAGAUGCCUUUGUGAAGUGAAUCAGAAGUUGGAGGCAGAAAUGAGGCACCUGCAUCAACAACUUGGAGAAACUAAACUGAGGGAAGAGAAGUUAAGUCAUGAACUACGUAAGGAAACAAAUGAGAUAGAACAAUGGGAAACUCAGGCGGCCACACUCUAUACCAGACUGCAGGUUUCUGCUGUCAAUGAGACUUUAUUUGAAGAGAAGGUCCGUGAGCUAGCUGAUGCAUGUGAAGAUCUUGAACGCAGAAGCAACUUUAAAGGCAUGGAAAGUGAAAUGCUGAAAGAAAGAGUUAACAAGUUGGAAGGUGAAAAUGGAAGACUACGUGGUCAGUUGGCUGCUUAUGUCCCAGCUGUCAGUGCUUUGAAUGAUUGUAUAACAUCCUUGGAGAUGCAGACACUAGCACAUACAAAACCUUGUGACUACAAAGUAUCAAAGGUUGAAGAUUUGGUGAAUCACAAAUGCACUGAAGGUGGUCCACAAACAGGUGAAGAUCAGAAUGCUACGGCAACAAUUGCACUUCCAGAUUUCCAAGACAUGCAGAAAAGGAUCAAUGCAAUUGAAAUGGCUGUUAAACAGAUGAAUGAAAGUUUCAAAACUAAGGAUGAAAUGAGAGAGAUUCAAAUGUUAAAAUCUGGAAGCAGUCGCCGCCAAGGAAAUAUUCAUGCAAUUAAGUAUUUUACUGAAAUGUAUGAAGCAAAGGAGCACCGAGGUGGGCCUGCUGAUGAACAGAAGAUGAAAAAAUCAGUGUCAGAUGUCCCUGUAGCAGAAAUUGAAGUUCUGCCAAAAGAUAUCAUGCUUGAUCAAACAUCUGAAUGUUCAUACGGGAUAGGCAGGAGAGGAACUCUUGAGACUGAUGAUCAGAUGCUUGAAUUGUGGGAAACUGCUAAUAAGGAUGGUGUUAUCGGCCUGACAGUUGGCAAGGUGCAGAAGCCAGCCACUGCACCUACUGGAUACUAUCAAAAGAGAGCAACCAGGGAACCCAAAAACAAAUAUCAUUCAGUAGAAUCCUUGAUUGAGAAGGAGUUGAGUGUGGACAAAUUAGAGAUCUCGAGAAGAUCGACACAGCAACACCCACGUCCACAUCCACAUGAAGAAGGCGACAAGAGGAAGAUUUUAGAAAGACUUGAUUCUGAUGCUCAAAAGUUGACAAACCUUGAAAUUACAGUGCAAGAUUUGAUGAGUAAGAUCGAAAUUACUGAGAGCACAAAGUUAAAAGGUGUUGAGUAUGAUACAGUGACAGGACAGCUUGAAGCUACUCAGGAAGCCAUCACAAAGUUGUUUGAUGCCAACCACAAGUUGAAGAGGAAUGUAGAAGAGGGUACCUCGUCCUUUGCUGGGAAGUUCACAGCAGAAUCAGAUGAAAGUGGAAGUGUCAGCAGAAGGAGAGUUUCAGAACAUGCUCGGAGAGGGUCUGAAAAAAUAGGAAGGCUGCAGUCGGAGGUGCAAAGAUUACAAUUCUUACUUCUGAAGUUGAAUGAUGAGAAGGAAGGCAAAGGAAAAACAGUUAUUGAUGAACGAAAUUCAAAAGUCCUUUUGAGAGAUUAUCUCUAUGGUGGGACAAGAAGAAACUACCAGAAGAAGAAGAAGAAAACACCCUUUUGUGGAUGCAUGCAGCCUCCUACUAAGGGAGAUUAAAUCAGCAGUACUUUUAGUAUAGUUUACAUUACUUGAGACAUUUGCUUUCUUGUUUGUAAAUUGUCCUUUAAAAUCUAGAGAUGGUUCAAGACCCUACCCUACAUGUUUUUUCUAUGGAGAGGAUCUUUUGUUCUUGUAGAGUAGAGAUCCUGCUGUAUAUGUUUUGUAACGUUCACUCAGAAGAAGGAAGCUGGGAUGGAAUUUUCGCUAUUUCAUUUUCAGAAUAAUCCCCCUCGCCUUAUUUCCUUCUUGGUUAGACUUUC